AUGCUGCCAUUGCCAGACUUCCUGCGGAUGGCGGGCAGCAACAUUGCGAGCGGCUUCGUGCGCAAGCUGUACUUGCUCCUGGACCACGAGAGCUCCGAGAUCAUUGCGUGGAGCGAAGAUGGCACCAAGUUCUCGAUCCUCGACCGCGAGCAGCUCGAUGCGACCGUCCUGCCCAAGUACUUUCGCGGAAAGCUGGCGGCCUUCCACCAGCAACUGCUGGACCAUGGCUUCCACUGGGAGAGCGAGGCGAACGACGUCGAGACGUACACGCAUGCGAGCUUUGUGCGAGGCGUGCCGGGCCUCCUCGACAUGAUUGUGCGCACGCCGCAGCCCAAGUGCAAGACGUUCCCAAAGAUCAAGAAGGCCAAGAAGGAGCGCCGGAAGCAGCUCGAGCCGUACGCGAAAAAGGCGCCGCCGCCGCCGUCGAGCCUCCAGGUCGAGCCUGGCAGCCACGAAGAGCUCGUGUGGAAGGCGAUCAACCACUUUAUGUACUCGACCGACAAGAGCCCGCUCUUUGCGUCGGCCGCCAACGCGACGCUCCUCGAGACGCCGGGCUUUACGCCAUCGAUGGUGCAGCUCGCGCCUGACCCGAUCCCGCCCGUCGUCAAGGGCGUCAACCCUCUCUUCCAGCACGCCAAGAUGCCCAACCCACUCUUCCAAACCGCUCCAAAGAACCCCCUUUUCGACACGGCGCCAGCGAAAAACCCUCUUUUCGAAAAGGUGCCGAGCAGCAACCCCCUUUUCGACAAGACGCCAAGUACAAACCCCCUUUUUCAGACCUCGUCGCCGUCCCAGAACCCCCUUUUCCAAAAGACAGUGUCAUCAUCGAGCAAUCCGCUCUUCCAGAAGACAACAAGCUCGACGAGCUCCGCCAGCAGCAGCAGCAGCCCGGCCGCGACCAACCCGCUCUUCGCCGCCAGCCCGCUCUUUGGCGCGCCCAAGCCAGCGCCCUCGUCGCUGUUUGCGGCGCCGUCGCUCUUCCAGACGCCUGCGACCGCCGCACCGAGUAACGAGUGGCAGCACCUGGUGUCCUCGUCGGUCGACCGCUUCAUGCAGAGCACGGAUAAGUUCUCAUCGGCCGAAGACACGUUCAAGUUUAUCAUGGAAGAGCGGUCGCGCAUCGCGACCGAGAAGGAAAAGCUAGAGGCGGCGCCCGAUGAGCUCUUCCCGAGCCUCGGGACGGCCCCGGACGCGCUUCUGACGUUCCUCAUGGGCUCGUCCGUCGACUUGCUUCAGCGCAGCGUCGACACGUUCGAGCACCACCUCACGCAGCUCGACAUGAGCGACUCGCACGACGACGACGACGACGAAGACUUCGGGCUCGUGGACGACGAGACGUCGUAGUAUCGGUAAUGUAGUUCAAGUAGUACAAUAGAACGCCUUUUCAUGGAUUCACAA